CCCCACCGGCGGUCGCGUCGCGUCGUGUCGCCUGCGACAACCGCGCGCUCGCACCAUGGCGACGCUGGGGACGCUCAAAAGGGGCAGCGUGCAGAUCCAGAGGGCCGCCAUCAAGGCCACAGGUCGGAUCGCGGCGCGCCACCUGAUGGAGUGGCUGGUGGCGUGGGCGGUGGUGCUGGUGGGCGUGCUGGAGCACAGCGCCACCUCGCAGCUGCUGGCGCCUCGGCCGCCGCUCUCCCCGGAGGAGUUCGCUGAGCUGGUGGCCAACUCGAGCUACGUCAGCCGCUACUGCCACGCCACGCCCACUGCAGCGGCCGACAACUUCACGGCAGACCUGCCGCCCGAUAAUGACACAGAGGUGACCACGCUGUCCACGAUGAGCACAUUGCCGACCGCGUCGUCGGAGGAGGCGGACUCAGAACCCGAGUACGAGGAGGACGCGGGGGCGGAGAUGGGGGCUGAGGAGCCGCUGCUGGCGUCGCUGACCGCCGUGGCGCCCUCUGUCGGCGUCCGCGCCUUCCGCGGCGUCGGCAGCAACCACAGCGGCGUCGCUAUCGGGGCGGUGCACGGCCGCCAUGUUGUCGUAGAGCCGGACCUCAAGUAUACAACAAGUGAUUCGACAAAUGUUCUUUGA